AUGUUACGCGGGUCUAUCAUAUUCGCGGCCCUUGUAAUCGGGGUUACAAGUGGCUUAAGAAGCUGUGACGAUUGCACCGCUAUAAAUCAAUGCCCCAUAGCUUUAAAUGAAGUGGUCAACAAUCAAAAUCCAGAAACUGCUGCGAAAAUACGAAACGCAUUAUGUGAGACCGUUGGAAUCAUGAAGGUUUGCUGCACAGACUUUUCUAUUAAUUCAAGAAUGUUGGUCGACGAAAACGAAAAAAAUAAUGGCGAUGAAAUCGAAAACCAUCCUAAUCUUCAUCUUUUAUCCGGUGAAUGUGGCGAGAUUGAGGGAAAUCGAAUAAUUGGCGGACAAGUUCCCACAUUAUAUGAAUUCCCGUGGCUCGCCCUUAUUUCACAUAGAAUUGGUAGAACAUUAAAAUUUAGCUGCGGCGGUACAGUAAUAAGUUCAAGAUACGUGCUAACAGCAGCGCAUUGCAUGAAAGGUCAAAAUAUCGCUGGUGUAAGAAUUGGUGACUAUGAUAUUAGUAAGAAAAUCGAUUGUUUUGGAGCAGGAGAAGCGCGCGAAUGUGAAUCUAAAUACCAGGAUAUCGCGGUAACUCAUGCAAUUAUACACCCACAAUAUUCUCGGUAUCCAUUCGUAGUGAACGAUAUUGGACUUUUGCGCCUCAAGAAGCUUGUCGACUUUUCUGUCAGAAACGCCGCGCCAAUUUGUUUACCAGUAUUUCGGAGUCUUCGGGAUACGGACAUCUCCGAUGAAAUAGGCACGGUUGCUGGUUGGGGUGCAACGGAAAAUGAACAAGCAUCUACUGUUUUACUUAAAGUUGAAAUUCCCAUACACUCCGAUGAAACGUGUAGGGUUUCGUAUGACAGGAAUUCACGACCUGGUCAAUGGAGUCGGCGAUUGAAAAAUACGCUAUGCGCUGGGGAAGUCGGUAGGGAUUCUUGCAAGGGUGACUCAGGCGGCCCUCUCAUGCUCGAAGGCCUCUACAACGACACAUACAAAAUUGUCCAAUACGGCAUUGUAUCUUACGGAAUAGAGUGUGGAACUGAUACUCCAGCAAUCUACACCGAUGUCAGAAAGUUUAUGAAGUGGAUUUUGGACACCAUUAAGCCU